GUAGAAAUGGACAGCAGCAGUUUCAUUCAGUUUGAUGUGCCCGAGUACAGCAACACUGUUCUGAGCCAGUUAAACGAACUCCGCUUGCAAGGGAAGCUGUGCGACAUCAUCGUGCACAUCCAGGGACAGCCCUUCCGAGCCCACAAAGCUGUCCUAGCUGCCAGCUCCCCGUAUUUCCGUGACCAUUCAGCGUUAAGCACCAUGAGUGGCUUAUCAAUAUCCGUUAUCAAGAACCCUAGUGUUUUUGAGCAGUUGCUUUCUUUCUGCUACACGGGAAGGAUGUCCCUGCAGCUGAAGGACGUGGUCAGUUUUCUGACUGCCGCCAGCUUCCUGCAGAUGCAGUGCGUCAUCGAUAAGUGCACGCAGAUCCUGGAGAGCAUCCACUCGAAGAUCAGCGUGGGGGACGUCGACUCGGUCACCGUCGGUGCCGAAGACAAUUCCGAAAGCCGCAACGGAGUUAAAGACAGCAGCUACUUCGCCAACCCCAUUGAGAUAUCCCCCCCGUACUGCUCUCAGGUGCGGCAGUCGGCAGCGGGCAGCGAUCUUCGGCUGGAAACCGCUCCGGGCAAGACUCUGCGUAAUCGCCUGCAGGAAGAAGGGCAUUCGGACCGAGGGAGCAGCGGGAGCAUCUCCGAAUACGAGAUCCAGAUUGAGGGUGAUCACGAGCAGGGAGACCUGAUAGUAAGGGAAAGUCAGAUCGCAGAGGUGAAGGUUAAGAUGGAGAAGUCCGACCGGCCAAGCUGCUCCGACAGCUCUUCCCUCGGAGACGACGGGUACCACACGGAGAUGGUGGACGGGGAGCAGGUGGUGGCCGUCAACGUCGGCUCCUACGGGUCUGUCCUACAGCACGUCUACUCGUUUACCCAUGCCUCGUCCCAGGCUGCGAGCGUGUCCGAACCCUUCGGGAGCCUGAGCAAUACGAGUCCCUCGAGGUCGAUGCUGAGCUGCUUCAGGGGGGGUCGUGCGCGCCAGAAACGGGUAUCCGCUGCUCACUCGCACAGCGACGUUCAGGGCUUGGUGCACGGGGCUGACGGCGAGGCCCUGCUGAGUAACCCAGGAUACGAAAACAGCCCCCAGGAAAGAAACACCAGAGGCCACUGGCAUCCCUACAGCGAGCGGCUCAUCUGUAUUUACUGCGGGAAGUCCUUCAACCAGAAGGGGAGCCUGGAUCGACACAUGCGGCUGCACAUGGGAAUAACUCCUUUCGUGUGCAAGUUUUGUGGGAAGAAAUACACCCGCAAGGACCAACUCGAGUAUCACAUCCGAGGUCACACAGAUGACAAGCCCUUUCGCUGUGAGAUCUGCGGGAAAUGCUUUCCUUUCCAGGGUACGCUGAACCAGCACUUGCGGAAAAACCACCCCGGGGUGACGGAAGGCAGAAACAGGGUGGAGUCUCCAGACAGAACAGCCUUUGUGGAACAGAAAGUAGAUAACGAUGCUUCAGCUUCUGAAGCUAUGGAUUCUAGUAUGGAAAUGCACGCCAUGUCCAACACAUCCGACUGA